AUGAUUAGGACGUAUUUUAAAAAGAAUUUUGAAUAAUAUCUAAUCGUCCAAUCCAACCUUAGGUUGUAUUUCUGGUUGGAUAUGCCCCUUAAACGCAAUCUUCCAGCUUGUCCCUAUACUAAAAAGAUAUUGUCUUAACAAAUAUGGAGACUGAUCUUGAGAUAUCAAAUCAGUAUGCUAUAUCUGAAUUAAAAAAAGAAGUAGAAAGUAAUUCAUUUUAUAAUUAACCUUUAAUAGAUGCAUGAAAAGAGUAUAGAGAAGUCGAAAUUGUAUGGGUAGACAAAAAAAAUGAAGGAAAUGUAAUCAUUGAGUUAAUUAAUGGGAAGUAGCUAAAUAAGUAUCUAUUUUAAUGAAAAACAGAGAAUUUGGAAAUAACAUUGUGUAAAGCUAUUUCAUAACAGAGAGUCAAUUCAUGAGCAUGAUUAAAUGAUUUAGAAAUUUAAAUAAUUUACAAAUGAACAAAGUAAAUCAUGUAAUGAAGUUUUUUUAUAAUUUCAACUAAUAAAUGUGUUGUUUUUCAAAAUUUUAAUAUAGUUUCCAAAGUAUUUAUUUUUCACUUUAAUCCAAAAAAACUACCAAUGGCAAUGUAAUAGUGUUGUAAGACUUGAGUAGUUAUUAUUGUUAAAUUUAAUAUUCUAUUUGAACUAAUUGGUCUUGACAUACUUUCUGGCAAAUUAUCAUAAAGAAUAAAUCAACUAAUUUGUACAUAAUCAAAUGGAAUCAUUUUAUGAAAUUUAGGUUAAUUAUUGA